AUUUAGAAAUUAGGCAAUAAUUAGGAUCUGAAUUGAGAUAGAUCAAUAUAUACGCUCUUGCCCAAAGUCCCAAGUACCGUGCCCUUGGCAUUGAGAAGCCAAAAGGCAAAACCUUUGAAUCACCUGGCAAUUUCUCCCCACCUUCCGGCCCAGGCAACUCUCUUCACGCAAGAACUUCAAAGACGUCUCCGUCCACUGUGAUUAGGACCGUUUGAUCAGACAGACACCAUGAACAUCUUCUCCAAGAAACCCAACCCCAAAGAGGCUCUUAGGGAGAGUAAGAGGGAAAUGGGAAAUGCUACCAGAGGUAUAGAGAAGGAAAUUGGAGCGUUGCAAUUAGAAGAAAAGAAGCUUGUUGCUGAGAUAAAGAGGACGGCUAAAACUGGAAAUGAGGCAGCAACUAAAAUCCUAGCUCGCCAGCUAGUCAGGCUUAGGCAACAAAUUGCCAAUUUACAAGGAAGCCGAGCUCAAAUGAGAGGCAUAGCAACUCAUACACAGGCAAUGCAUGCCCAGACUUCAGUUGCUGUUGGCAUGAAAGGUGCCAGUAAGGCAAUGGCAGCCAUGAAUAAGCAAAUGGCCCCUGCAAAGCAAGCACAGGUGAUGCUGGAAUUUCAGAAACAGUCUGCCCAGAUGGAUAUGACUACUGAAAUGAUAUCAGAUGCAAUAGAUGAUGCCUUGGAUAAUGAUGAGGCUGAAGAGGAGACUGAAGAGUUGACGGACCAGGUGCUAGAUGAAAUUGGUGUUGAUGUUGCCUCACAGAUGUCAGCAGCUCCAAAAGGAAGAAUUGCCCGGAAAAAUACUGAGGGUGUUGGCAGUUCGGGCAUAGAUGAGCUUGAGAAGCGGUUGGAAGCUCUCAGAAAUCCAUGAGCUGAUGAGAAGCCGAAGUUAUCUCUUCGAGCUGAUAAUGAUAUCCGCAUGUUGUAGAUAUUUUUCACCUAAGAUGCUACUCAUUUCCGCAUGUAUUCUUAUUCAUUUAUGAGAUAAUACUUUCAUUGGUU